CUUUCGCCAGUACUAUCCAACAAAAGCCGUUCUAUUGAAAGUCCUUGCUCAUUUACUCCAACAAUCUUACACUACACGUCCUGAAUAUGAAGCUCAUUAGUAUCUUCGCUACGUGCCUCGCAGUAGCUGGUACCGCUUGCGCCUACAACGCUACUGGACCGGUGACCUAUCUCGGAAGCCAGAGUAAACUCUUGUCUGGCGGUGCCACGGCCCAAGGACUGGUGUACACAUCAGGGACAACCCCUUCAUUCAACGGUUCUAUAGUCGAAGGAGGUAUCAAGAAUCAAACCGCACAAAUCAUCAAGAACAUCGAAGUCGUCCUCGAAGAGGCCGGGACGUCGUUGGCGAAUAUCCUCAAAUGCACCGUCUUCCUUGCCGAUAUUGAAGAUUAUGCAGCGAUGAACGAGGUGUAUCAAAAGAUGUUGCCGUACCCCAAGCCUGCUCGUACGGCCCUGCAGGUGGCCAAGCUACCUGGAGACUUCCUGGUGGAGAUUGAGGCUAUCGCAGCAAUUCCGUACUAUUAGAGAUGAUCCUAAUAUGGGGAAAGAUCAUGAAUGAUGACGCAACGUCAAAUACUCAGACUUAUAUAUACUAUCUUACUCGAUGACCAUGGAAUA